GAUUGUUUGAUUGCAGAUAUUGAUUUUGCUGAUAGAGAUAGUCGAGCUGUUAUAAAGGGUCUAUAUUUUUUAAGUCACCAGUUACAUCAAGAUAGGUGAUGCCAGUUUAAUCAUGCAGCUAUAUCACCAUCCAUAUUCUUUGGAUAGUCAAAAGGUCAGGCUUGCUUUGGAGGAGAAAGGCAUUGAUUACACCUCAUACCAUGUCAAUCCUAUUACAGGCAAGAACAUGGACUCUUCCUUCUUUAGGAUGAAUCCCAGUGCAAAACUUCCUGUUUUCCAGAAUGGUUCCCACAUCAUUUUCGACACAAUUGAGACAAUCCAGUACAUUGAAAGAAUCGCAGUUUUUUCUUCCGGCAAUGGGAUUGGUGAUAUUGGAUGCAGCAGCGGAGAAGUGCUUGAGUGGAUGCGCAAGAUACAAGAAUGGAACCCCAAGUAUUUCACACUUGCACAUGUACCUGACAAAUACCGUAUAUAUGUAUCUAAAUUUGUAAGACAGGUGCUGAUUGCUCGGAUGGCUGAAUCUCCUGCUCUGGCAAGUGCUUACCACUGUAAGCUCAGAGAAGCAUAUGAUACAGAGCACAAGUUGAAAGAUCCUGAAGUUCUGAGAAGGAGCAAGGAACAUUUGGUUGGACUUCUGGAUGAGGUUGAAGCACAACUGAAUGAAACAACAUAUGUAGCAGGAGAAGAGUUCACCAUGGCAGAUGUUGUGCUUAUCCCGGUGCUUGCUCGGUUAGUGCUGCUGAAUCUGAAAGAUGAAUACAUAAAUUGCAGGCCUAACAUUGCAGAGUAUUGGGCUAUGGUGCAGCAGAGGGCUAGCUACAAAAGGGUGAUUGGGAGGUAUUUUAAUGGCUGGAGGAAGUACAAAACUCUAAUAAAAACCUGGUUCUUUGUUCAAAUAAGGACUCUGUUGAAAAGAUAUUGAUGAGAAGACUGAACAAGGGAUGUUGUAAAUGGAGGAUAUAUACACAAAAUCAGGUUUCUAAUUUUUCUUUUCUUCUUCUUCUUUUUUUUUUUUUUUUUCUCUUAGAAAAAAAAGCGCUCAACUGUUGUAUUUUUUUCCCUCAUUUCAUUACUUUUGCAUUCUUGUCUUCUGGGAAUUAUGUAGACAUAUUUGUGAUAAAAAAUUUGCCAUGUGGAGCAAAAUCAAACUUUGAGAAAAAGGCUGCCCUUGUAAGUCCUGUAUGCUUCAUUUAUCAACUGUCUUCCUUUUGUAAACCGUGUUUCAGACUUCAUGAGAGAGGUGUAACUUUCCCUAAAAAAUGACAAUAAACUGA